AGUCGGCUAAUGCCCUUAGGUUAGCCAGGCGAUUCAAGCAAGCUGUGGAGAGGAAGAGAAGAGAAAGAGUUGGAUGCAAGGCGGAUAAUGGUCAGUACCCCCCUAUGUUGUUUUCGACAAUGUCUGAGCUUCUUUCCUAAAGCUGUCACAGCUGCACCUUCGGAUACAUCUGCUGCGCACUCCACUGAAUCAAGUGGUGCAUCCAACGACUCGAAUACUCCCUUGGAUUACAAUGUAUUUCUGCUCGACGCCAACGCUGACGAGAUCAAGCGAGAAAUGCCUCAUCUUGUCGUCAAACUAUGUCCCGAGGGAGAAGUACCUGGAAGUCUAGGAGCUGCUCUAGCCGGACCUUCGAAAUCUAACCAUGUGUCUUUGUUCCAUCACGACGAAGACGGAGACGUUGUCAUGGCUGAAAACUGUGACGCUUCGAUAUCUGAUCCCCCAGUCUCAAAUACCUCAACCAGGGUCAAGACCGUACCGAACACUGUCGAUUUCGCGCAACGAGAGAAAGACGAGAUGCGUGACCUAACCAGAGCAUCGGAAAUUGUUUCCAUGUUUCCUGAAGGGCAUACUCUGGCUUACCUGAAUCCCGAUCCUUUACACCCUCCUGUGUACGUGCAGCCUUCGUCGCACCAGAUUCCAACUUCGAACGGGGAUGAGGUCGAUUUGAGCAACACAAAGACUUUCUGGAAUCCUCAUGUCGGUCAAGUUUAUCUCGGUAAUGCGAAUGACGUACCAUUGCCAGUGAAUGGUAUGGGCGAAUUUGGAGAAUUAGAUCCCAGGUGGGACGGUCACGAUAGCGUUGAGAAGGAUGUAUAUCCACCAGGAAAUUCACCUCGCCAUGGGUAUGGAUACGAUAUCUGUAUCGAGUGUCAUGAUUUAGCCCCAUUCCCUACUCUCGCACAUCUCAAAGCGUCAGAAGAGAAAGUUGCCGCGCUGGAGCAGAGGUGGAAAGACCAGGUCGAGUUAUCACGGAAGGAGAAGGGCGAAACCCAAGCCAAUUAUUCUCUUCCUCCGAGACCUCCACCACAUCCCAACGCGAUCAUCCAUUUACCCAUGCCUAGCUCACCUCCAAUCACUGCAGGUACAAUGAGCGCACUCAUGCCAGUCGUGAGGUUUUUGCAGAAAUGUAUUGUUCCCACUGAUGCUGUAGAGAUCGUUAACGAGCCACCUAUCUCACCUGCGACUGAGACGUCUUUGCAAAAUGGGUCCGCUGAACCGUUGGCAGAAAAUAUGAAAUCUCGUCGAUGGUCCUCCGUGUCUUCAUUGAUUCCUUCGUUCCCAGGUUUCCCUAUGCAUUCCAAUAAUCCUCCUCCACCUCAACCUUCACCUUCAUCGACAUCAUCUUCAACAAUGUCCACUUCCCGUCACCGGUCAAUGACCUCUCCCGCACCACCAGCUCAUUUUCGUCAGCAUUCACAAACUUCUUCCAUGCAUUCGCGACACACAUCUCUUUCCUAUCUUGCCUCCUCUUCCCAUGCAUCACCCUUCCCUUGGUCACGUCCCCUCAAAAUUUUGAUGUAUUCCGCCGAUGGAUACACCGAGUCUUCCGUACCGGCCCUUUGCUUGCUGAUGGCGAUGAAGGGGUUGAGCUUGCCACAUGCCUACCUCGAACUUCAAGUUGCCAAACGUCGAAGUUUCUUUGUCUAUCAUGCCGAUUUAGGUGUGUUAAGGAAGGUAGAGAGCUUUGUAGAUGAUGAAAGGAGGACUUGGAAGGAGGAAAUCCAGAAAGAGGAGAAAAGGCUCAGGUUAGAGAGGGAGAGAAUGGAGAGGUUGAAGAAUAGCAAGGAUCAGCGUGCUGGCGAAGUAUCGUUGUCGCUAUUCGGUGGAAGUACGGGUGCUCUUGGUUUUGAUUUCCCUACACAUAUGAACCCAUAUCGUACCUGGGGUAGCGGAGACUCUUCAUCGAAUUCGUUAUCAGAUUCAUCAAGACUGCCGCUUCAGCCAAACCGUAUGAGGCCAAUGGCGAAGAGUGUUUCCUUUACCCGUUCCCCUUUUAUUGCAUCCCCCAAAGGUGGCGGUGAUAGUUCUAUGGGAACUGUGACUGCUAUCCCCACGCAACAAGAUCUUGCAUCCAGGUCUGUCGGAACGGGCGGUCUGAAAGGCAGUGCGACACUUCCGAUGUCUUCGUCUGCGCCUAGUUCUUCCAUGACCUCGCUGGACGGAAUUGGGGAGACCUCAUCGGCAUCUGCUGCGGGACGCACAAGGCGACCAAGAGCUAGCACAAGCCCGUGGCUGCCUAGUCUUUUCGGGGGUGAUCAUCAGUCGUGGUUCAAUGAUCCCAGGUUCGACGGAAGUUUCCCGAGUAGGGUGCUCCCGUUCUUGUAUCUCGGGAAUCUAGCACAUGCCUCAAACGUAUACAUGCUCCAAGCACUAGGCAUCACACAUGUUGUCUCUGUUGGAGAAUGUGCUCUCGUUCCUCCUGAUUCGCACAACGCUCGCGGGCACGGUUCUUCUGGCAACAACAGUCAAGGAUCUGGUCAUUUCAUUCCAAGCAAAUCCUCAGCUCAUCAAGGCUCCCUCUGGAUUGAAGAACGAGCUGGACGGAUCAAGGUUCUCGAUAUCCAAGGGGUCUGCGAUGACGGAAUCGACACUUUGGAACCGCAAUUGGAGCCAAUAUGUGAUUGGAUUGACCAGGCGAGGCAAGAAGGCGGACAAGUUUUAGUUCACUGUCGCGUCGGUGUUUCGCGUAGUGCUACUGUGACUAUCGCAUAUGUCAUGAAACAUCUCUCUCUUCCUCUUGUAGACGCGUACUUAAUCGUUCGUUCCCGGCGUCUCUCGGUUCUCAUUCAGCCGAACAUGCGUCUUCUCUACAACCUUCUCGGCUGGGAGAUCAAGCUAGCAAAAGACCGUGCGGGGAAUGACGAUGAGAAGUUGAGAAAAGAACUUUCAUGUGCACUGAGCUGGCCGUUCCUCGCCAAAGAAGUCCAUGCACUAAACGAAAAGUACCUUCGCUAAGCUUUGCAAUUAACUCAACAGCUACUGUAUCUCAUUCUCAUUGUGAACCCAUCUCUUUGUAAUUCUUGUCCCAUAGCCUCGCCAUAUUUGUUCAUAAAUCCCUCACAACCUCUUGUCAAUCCAUGAGACCCAUCUAUCUCUUUGGAAUUCUCACCGAUCAUUUCCCAUUGUACCUCAUACACAUCCUGUGUACUACCAUUUGUCUUUAUGUGCAGUUAUCACCCUCCAUAUCUUUCCCAUAUCACAUUUCUCUCCGUAUCGCGGCGCCGU